AUGUCUGAGUUUGCCUUUUAUUUUAAAAAGCUUGGAAAUCAAUAUCCCUUUUUACGCAAUGUAUGGGAAGUGUAUGAUAAAUUAGAUGAACAAGUGGAUGAGUCGAGUGAAAACAUAUUAUAUCAUAAAUUUUGUGACACAAUUAGAAAUAAAUUAAAUAAAAAAAAAAAAGAUAUGUAUUCUGAAUUAUGUUUGAAACUUUUAAAAAAUUUGGGUAUAUUUUGCAAUAACACAGAUUCUUGCAGAACUGACAAUGAAUAUUGUAAAAUUUUGAACAACUGGUUAUAUAUUUCCAUAAGGAAAUAUGACCUUAAUGGUGGAAUUUUUAGUUCUAUUUUCAAUCUUAUUGAAAAUGUAUCUACUAGACUAGGAUAUAAAAGUACGUGUCCAUAUUAUUUCUACCAAAAAAAUUAUGCAGAACCCCUUGCGAUUAUAAUGCUAAGUAUUUUUCAGUCUAACAUAGGUGAUAUUAAGGACACAUUGAUUAGAGAUCAUAAAGUAAUGAAGUGCACUUGUCAAGAAUUUGUCGAUAAAGUCGUAACAAUAUAUCGACGUGUGAAGAAUAAGUAUUGCCCUUCAAACCAGACUAAUCUUAUUGAAAGAGUAAAGAAAACAUGUUCAUAUUUAAAUAAUUUUGAGACAUCAUAUAAUUUAUACCUUAAGAAUGAAAAAUCAAUACUAGAAAAAAAAAUAAAUGUACCAUCUUUAAAACCUGAAGAUAAUACAAGCUUAUUCCGAUGCAAAUCUGCUGGCGAAUUUGAGGUAUCAUUAGGUAUAGAUGAAGCACAAAUUCCACAUGACGCAGAAGAAGACUUAAUUGUACAGGAAUUGGAUGGUGCAUUAAUAUUGCUACCAGAAUCUGAAUCCUUUUUUUCAAGUACCUCCAUAAAAGAGGUUUUACCCACAGCUCUUGCUACAACUGCUGGGGUAUCUUCCCUUUUGUUUUUAAUCUAUAAGUUUACUCCAAUUGGUAACAUGAUUCGUUCCAGCAUUAAGGUAAAAGCGACAAGAAAUUUUUAUGGAGUUGAAAAAAAAGAAUUAUUAUACCCUGCACAUGACAGUAUGGAUAUAAACUCAUAUAUUCAGAGAUAUGACAUAACUUAUGCAAAUUUAUGA